GGUGAUUACGCAAAAAGGAAACAAAAUACUUUCAUCUUUGGCGUCAUCGCUCACACGGGACUCGCUUAACUAAUCCGCUAAUUCUAUGCAAAGCCCCACGGAAGUGCAUUUCCACGCCACAGAAAGUAAACCGUAUGACACCGAUCAGUCAGUACUUUACGCACCUGUAUAUUCGGCGCGUGAGUUUUUAGCCAAAAAUGACGCACGGCGUUAGUUUGCGUGCUGUAUUAGCCUGCUAUUAAUAGGGACCGUUAUUCGCGUGCGGAUGGGAGGGGGUGGAGAACACCUUUACCCCCCUCUCUCCUGUCGUGAUGACGUCACGACGGUGCGUCCGUCCAGGAGCCAUCAUCAUCACCAUCUUCCUCAUCUUCUUCAUGUUUACCUGAAAGCGGCUCUGCGAUGGCUUAGAAAUAAGACGAAUUAAAAGAGUACCUGCAAAAGCUCGACCGGAAGUGGAUCUCGUGUCGUGUGUGUCGCGAGGAUCUCGACCCGCACACGCACACACAAGGGGGCUGCAAAUGACAACCUGCGCAGUGACAAACUUGAACGGCGGCUUGGAGGCCAGCAGCUCUGAUUCGGACGAUGAUGACAAGCUACACAUCGUGGAGGACGAAAUCCCGCCGGCCGCCGCCGUGGCGAGGAGAGACCGCCGCCAUGCCAAAGAAGCAACAGACGCCACCGAUGCAGUAUUAGCACACAACGGCGCUUGUAAUGGAGUGAAAGAGGAUCAGCAUGUGUCUGGAGAAGAAGGUGAAGAUGGACGAGGAGGCGACGGAAAGAUGGAGGGGCAGGUUGUUGUGAAGGAAGAAGAGGAAGAAGAGGAGCAGGAGAUCAUCCGGAAAGGAGAGACGGCCGCCCUCUACCCGGAAGCCGCUGACGAUGAGCAGAGUCCCACGGAAACGGGGGGCGCCGACGAAAAUGCAGGCACGCCAGACACGUUUCAGCUGCACACGUGUCCGUAUUGUUCGCGGGGUUACAAGCGCAACGCUUCGCUGAAGGAGCACAUCAAGUACCGCCACGAGACCAGUGAAGACAACUACAGAUGCUCACACUGCAGCUACACCUUCACGUACCGCUCGCAACUCGAGAGGCACAUGAGCCACCACCGGGGCAACAAGGAGCAGCGUCACGUGCAGUCGUCUGGCGGCGGCGGUGGCGGUGGAAGUGGAGGAGGUGCUCGCAAGUUCAAGUGCACAGAGUGCUUCAAAGCCUUCAAGUACAAGCACCACCUGAAGGAGCACCUGCGCAUUCACAGCGGAGAGAAACCAUACGAGUGCUCCAACUGCAAGAAGCGAUUCUCCCACUCAGGCUCGUACAGCUCGCACAUCAGUAGCAAGAAGUGCGUGAGUGCGGCCAGCGCCCCCAACGGCAUGGCCCGCAAGGCCGUCAAGUCGCCGCCGCCCAUCGUCGACGUCCCGCGGGUGGAAAGCAAACCCUUGCAAGAGCAGCUCCCUGUCACGCAAAUCAAAUCGGAGGCGAGCGAGCACCCCGGCAAGCCGGCCGCGGUGGCAGCGGCACCAGCGGCGAACGGGGCGGCGCCCCAAGCCCUAUCUCAGGGCGUGGCUAUGGUGAUCCCCACCGUGGGUCUGGUGCCGCCCAUCAACAUCAACCUGAGUGAGCUGCAGAACGUCCUGAAGGUGGCUCUGGAUGGCAACGUUUUGAGGCAGGUUUUGGGACCCCCCAACGGGGCCACGGUGCAGGGCAAGCCGGGUCUCGUGCUACAGCAACCUCAGCAGCAGAUCAUCAGCCUGCCCGCCUUCGUGGACCACGACGGCACCACCAAAAUCAUCAUCAACUAUCGCAUUGGACCCGCCCCGGCCGCCGCCGCCACUUCCAGCGUCCCCGCCCACCCCAUGCCGGUUUUUGUCAAAAACAACAUUGCCCCGGCUCCACCCGUCCCGACCAGAACGGCGGUUAAGCCGCCCACUCCCGAGGUGGACCUCAGCCUGGUCAAGGAUGAGCCUGAAGAGUCUGUGCUCAUCACGGAAACAAAAACAGAGCAAGCGGUGAGCGUCAAGACGGAAGAGGGGGAGGCGGCUCCGCCUGACUGCGGCUCUAGCGCUUGUUCACUUUGCGAGGAGUGCCCCGAGCACCUGGAGGCACUACACUUGCUCCAGCACCACAAGGCAGCCAACGGGGAGGCGGUGGACUCGGCCGCGUUGGACCCGUCCUUUGCCGCCUUGCUCAGCGACGCUGGGGUGACCCUGCAGCAGGAGCCGGCCGAGAACGAUCUCUUGAGCCUCCUGAAGACCUACUUUGCCUCCAACGCCAACCCCGACCGGGCAGAGCUGGAAAAGAUCUCGGACUCGGUUCGUAUUCCCGUGGGCGUGGUGCAGAAAUGGUUUGCCAAGAGGAACUCUGGGACAAAGAGCUGCCGAGACGGGACGGCUCAGCGUUUAAACUCUGAGUCGGUAGACGGCGGCAAACGAGCCGCAUCUGGAUCCCGGUCUGAUUCCCCCUCGUUGAACCCCAGCGACUUGGUCAUCGUCAAAAGCGAGCCGGACGACCCGGAGGUCACAGAGUCCCAGGCAGAACCUCUGGACCUGUCCCUCCCAAAGCCCCUCACUGCCACCACUUGCGCCGCCGCGCCUUCCGAGGGUGUCCCCCCCGCCACUCUGAAUCUGACCUGCCUGAGGAAGGAGCAGGUGGGCGGUCGCACCGUCUACGUGGCCACGCCUCAAACGCGCACAACUGCCGUCAGCAUCGUGCCCAGCCCGCAGCUGCCCACCCUAGUGGCCAUCGCCGGUCAGGGCACGGUGGGGUGCCUUGGCGCCAUGGGGGGCUCUGCCAAGCGGACCAUCCUCAUCCCGCAGCUCACCUACACCUAUGCCAACACGGCCGGAGGCGCGGCCGAGACGGUCGUGCUCAACGGGCACAAGACGCACGAACAGAGCGCCGACGCUGUGGCAGAUGAGCAGAAGGAGAUAUCACUCAUGAAGAAGCCGCGUCUGGAAAAUGGCGUCUAUUCCUGUGACCUGUGCAACAAGGUCUUCCAAAAGGGGAGCUCCUUGCUCAGGCACAAAUACGAACACACAGGAAAGCGUCCUCACGAGUGCCCGGUGUGCAAGAAGGCCUUCAAGCACAAGCACCACCUGAUCGAGCACUCGCGUCUCCACUCGGGCGAGAAACCUUACCAGUGCAACAAGUGCGGCAAGCGCUUCUCGCACUCCGGUUCCUACUCUCAGCACAUGAACCACCGCUACUCCUACUGCAAGCGGGACGGGUCUGAUUCCGGCCUCAGCCCGGACGGCGAUAGCGCGGCCACGGUGGCGGGCAGUCCGGACGCCGCGCUGGACUCGGACGUCGGCGAGAGCGAGGACGACGACGACGAAGCCGUGUGCGUCGACGACAUCCGGGUGGUGCAGGUGGACGAUGGCGAGUGCGAAAUCUACGAGGGCGACUUUAACGACAGUGACGAUGACGGGGAAGUGGAAGAAGGACCUGAAGAGAAAGAGAAAAACCUCGACGUGGAUGAGUUUGCGUGCCAGGUGGUGGAGGUGGAGCUGAAGCAUGACCAGACGCAGGAGGCGCCCGUCGAGGACAAGGCGGACCAGGCGGAGGCGGCCGGAGUCCACCUGGAACAGAUGGCCGACUGCGCGUAUAAAAGAAUCAGGGACUGGUCGGACAGCGAGGAAUCCUCCGACGACCAAGCUGCGACACCCCAAUCCCCCACGCUUUGAGAGACUCCAGCUUCUACUCCUCUGGCUCCAGAUCCAAUUCGUAGGGAAUAUAAACCCUUUUGAAAAUGCACUGGCCCAUCGAAAAAUGACAUGGAAACUGUGACAGCCUGUUGACUGACGUACUGUUUUUACUCAGUCAGUACUUUUUAGUCUGACAAGAAAUGACUUGACAGUGUCUGGCAGCCCCCACCCCACCCCAAAAAAAGCUUUCAAAUUGCCCAAGAUGACGGCAAAGCACUAACUUUGUUCAGACAAACCUCCUCAAAGGCUCAAAAGAAGAAUUGUUUGGCACUAAUCUUUUCUUGAAGAGAAUCGUCCCCCAAAUUAAAUUGGUGAUUUGGCCUUGGAAUAUGUGGGGCCUCACUGCACUUAAAAAUGCAUAUUUUGCAGUUGUAUUCUAUGGGGGGAAGCCCGUCUGCAAUCUCCCAACUGCGGCGGUUCAGGGUCCAGUUGCACUUCUGGCUCAAGCUGCGGCUGCGGCUCCGGUUGGCUGCUUUUAACGGUCCACUACUGUGUCCAAACACCCAGGUGUGCCUGAACUUUUUUUCUUCCUUAUACAUCUAUCAGUGUUACAAAUGUUUAUAGAUGCUUUGCUUUGUGUUACUAACUCGAUUUUACAGUUUUUUUGUUUUGUUUUGAAUUGCCAACGUUUCCGACUUCAGUAUUUUCCUCAAGUUUUACGAACAAAAAGCGCUGCACUACGGUUUUUCCAUCCGUCACCCUUUCAGUGUUAUCUGGCGUUUGUUAAUGUCAGCCGCCGUUUGUUUUCAUUUUGACUGUUAGCCUUAAGGAAGACAAAAGAAGUAUCCCCCCCCCCCAAGCCAGCCUUGAGAAAAAUGGGCGGCGCCCCCUGCCUUAUGCAAGACCUGCGUGCUGUUAAAAGUGCCAUUGAACAGUGUUGUCGUUGUCAUCGUCUUGGCAAACCUCUGUUUGUUACUUUACCUUGCGUGUUACUUGCCGUCGCUUUCCUGCGAUGCUUUCGUAUUUACGUCUGUUACAAGUGCCCGGCGCCACAUUGGCGCCGUUUGGCCGCCUGCUAACCAUAGCCGCCACAUGCAGGAUGACAUCAAAUCCUUUGCGUAAUUUGAACAAUUAUUCGUUUUUUCUAAACUUGCUAAGGCGAGUACAUUCGCUGUCUCACCAUUAAAAAAAAAAAGACCGGUUUUAAUGAUUUUCAUCCAUUUUAAAACUUUGUCAUUACCAUUGGUAAAGCCAAUUUUCCACUUUUUAGCAUAAAAAAAUCAAUACAUCUUAAAAUUAUUCUUUUCCAAUUGUUGAUGCGGUUCAUGAAGCAGUCAUUUUAAAUGUACUUACACAAUUGCCAUUUUUCUUUACACUUAAAGUCAUGUUUACAUAUUAACUGAAAUAAAUCAACUUCAAAAUGUAUUUUAUUCUUAAACUUAAAAAAGGAUUUUGUUAACAUUUCAGUUUAACUCAACUUUCCUUAAACUCACAUCUAAAAUGACUUGACAAUGAUUUGGUAAUACCUGAUGUCGAUGUUUGUCAUUUGUAAAAAAUUGAAAAAUCAAAUCAGUCAAGUCAAUCAAGUCAAAAGUUUCUAUUCAAUCAAAAAUGGAAACAAGUUCAAGAUUUUUUAGGUCUUAUUUCCAUUGUGAAGCCAUAAAAGGUCAAGUUUACAAAGAAUUUGUACAAUUUCCUUCUCUGAAAUCUUGUUUUUCAAUAAGAUUGUGAACAUUUCACUUCGAGUUCAACCUAAAACACUUGAUUUCUUUUUGUCCCACAUGCGCAGUUGUACAGGUUGAAAAUGGCGGCGCGCUGUCCCGCACUUUUGGUGGCAAACGUUAGCCAAUGUGGCACUUGCGCGUUUUCUUGUUUGACUUUACCGAAACAGUAUUUUUGUUGAUGUUAUUGUUGUGUUUUUAACAAAGCCAGUAUUACAAAGUCUUGACACAAUUUUUUUUAUAUAUAUAUAUAUUUAUGUCUUUUUUUUUGUAUUUUCCUUAUGUGGGUUAUUUAUUACGCAUUAUUAUUAUUGGUAGUGUACAUGAGCGUAGGGUCAAUUGAUAAUAUAUUUUAGUACCAAAAAAACAGCAAAUCAAACAAGCAAAGCCCACCGUGUGGUUCUGGGACUUUUCUGGAUUUGUUUUACAGAUACAAAAUAUGAAGAAAAACAAGUUAAAAUAUUCAUCUCGUACUCUAUUCAAGUGUUUAUAUAAUGAAGAAAAGCCGAAUGAAAGUGUUACACGUUGUCGUUAUGAAGCUACUGAUUGAAAACGCAUGAAAUGAAGUUCCAACUGUUUUGCUUUGAAUUUUUUUUGUGCUUUGAUUUCUUUUUUUUUUUUAUCGUGCCAUGGUGUUGCAUCACGUUAACCCUUUUUUGCUAAUGUUAGUCCAUUCACAAUAAACAUGUGACUUCAUCCUUGA